CAAAGUCCUGAUUUCAUAAAGUUAAAAUCUGCAACAACAACAACAAAAGGAUUUCUGCAGUCACCUCCCACUCAUUUUUGCUCCCUACAAGAUGGAGGAAGAAAAAAUGCAAGAUGACUUCUGGACUUACAAAGAAAGAAAUUUCCCUCAUUUCACCCAGAGGCCCACCUUUCACAUCUAUGUGCUGCUGACUAUCUCUUCUCUGCUGACUGCAGUUUUCUUCAUCGUUGCUCUUUCCAAAGCGACUGUACUUUCUUCAGAACUGAGUGAAUUGGAUGCUGAGAUUCCAAAGCCAAAAUCUGGACAUGAUUUUUAUUUGUUUCCAUGUGGUCCUGACACAAGACAAUGGGAGUACUUCAAUGGAAAAUGCUACUAUUUCUCCCUGGAGAAAACUUCCUGGAUGCGGGCCAAGGAUCAAUGCAAUUACAGAAAUUCAAAGCUGGUUGUCGUCGAUAGUAUGGCUGAACAGAAUUUCCUUCAGACCCGAACCAGGAAUGACCGUUAUUGGAUGGGACUCAAUGACAGAGAUAUGGAAGGACAGUGGCAAUGGAUUGAUGGCAGCAAUUACAAUGAGGGCUUCAUGUACUGGAAGCCAGGGGAACCCAAUAAUGAUCAGAGCAAUGAACACUGUGCACACCUUUGGUCCAGUGGGGAAUGGAACGAUGUCUACUGCACCUAUCUAUGCUACUACGUCUGUGAGAAGCCCUUGCUGGGUGCAAGGCCAGCUCAUGAAAGGGGAACUUUCUCUUUGAACUUCACUGAUGCACAGAGAUACUGAUGACUUAAUUGCCAGAUUCCUGCAUGCUUUACCUUAAGGUGCCCACACUGGAAGAGCAAUGUUGCCUGAUAGAAUCGUGUCAAUUCCAAAGGGAUUCAAUGUCUUUAAAGCAUAUAUUUUUAAAGGCCAUAAUUUUAAAAUUAUUUGACCUUUUUUUGGUGAAAUCAUGGCUUAUUUUGAAAAUCUCUGCUGACUACUGUUUUAAAGAUUUCUGGUGUUUAAUUAUUUUGCAACCAGCAGCUAAAACAAAUGGAUUUGAUGGGCCAGCAUUUUAUACACCUUGAAUUUUGGGUUGAAACUUAAAUGAUAUUCCAAGCUUUCCUUUUCACUAGUAUUUCUCAUUUUCAUAUUUGAAGCAAUCAGUCUGAACUAGAGGUCAUGAGUGCUGGCAAGUGCACUUAGUGCUCCAGCUCAUGCAGGUAGCUUGCCUUAUUCACUUCAAAAGGAGAGGAAAUGCCCCACAAGUCCAUACAAACUAAGUAACAUACACAUCUAGAACUGUAUCUCCAUUUACAAAUACAUACGUACCUGCAGCAAAUUGCAGAAUUACACAAAAUAGGUUUAACAAAAAAAGUGUGUUGCACCCAAUUCUAGCCGCGGCCAACAGUCAUGAUUCUAGUCUCUUCUAACCAGAACCUUAAAUUAAGCACUUCUCUCUCUCCUACUUCUGCUGUAAAUGUUUCCUGUUCUUUGGCUUCCUGCGCAUCUCUUUAAUGGGGAAUUUUAUAUAUCCAUACUUGUAUGAUCAUAAUUAUUAAAAGGGGUAUAUGUUUUACAAUCAUGGGGACCUGAGAUUCAGGCUAACAGGGAGUCCUGAAUCUUAGCAUUUUAUUCAGGCUAACAGCAAAAACCUGUUGUGAUGGAAACAGGUCACAGCGAUCUCCUGUUUUCUUGCCAAAUCAGCCAGGUACAUGACUAGGCUGAGAUUAAUUACUUUAUUGUUCGGAAUCAAGGAGCGUUCAUAUUGUGAGAAGAAGUAGGGAUUGCCAAUGUUUGAUUCUUGAAUGCCAAUCUAAAGGAGAAAAGUUUUAUAGCAUCAGGAAAUGUUUUAAUGAAGAGAAAUAGUAAUGAUUUUUUAAAAAUCAGUGUAUUAAAUUUACAACUUUAUAAGUGCGUUUUCAUUAAGAAAAGGGUACAUCUGGGGUGACCUGCUUGCCUGCCUCUAUAUUUCUGAGGCUGAAAAAGAUGCCAGUUAGCCAGAGUCAUCCAGCUUUUUUCCCUUAGUCUGUGUGGUUUCACAAGGUAGCUCAGGGGUUUAAAUAAAAUCCUCUUUCAUGAGCUAUGUAUUUUAUAAGUAAGGAAAUGAGAUUUCUGAGAAAGUAUAAGGACAUAAGUACCCCUAUGGCAAAGGAAUAGAACUGGGGGUGCUCAUACAUUCACAAACACCCUGAGUUAAGUUCCCAAACUUAACUCAAGGGAACUUGUCCAAAUUUCUCAGAUGUACCUGGGUCAGCCUGACUGAUCAGAAACAAUGAAACAAUGGCAUAUGGAAUGCACUGGGUAUGCUUGAAAACAUUCACAGUAGUAACUGUUCCAACUAGUCCCAAAAUGCAUUAGUCUUGAAGAGACAGUAGGACAAUGGUAACAAUUAUGAUAUGGACAGAAUCUUGGAAUCACCACUGGAGUUAGCUAAUGCUUUCUGAUUGGUUUGGAAUGAUGUUGUGUGGGCAAGGACUCAUAAGAUUGGUGAAAUCAUUGUCACAUGCUGUAACUGUACUCUAUAAAAGAGCUUGCACACAGUGCCUCAGUGCAGUCUCUCCUGGAUGUUUCUGGAGGCUGACCCUGCAUGUGCAUAUGCUUGUAAAGAAUAAAGGCCUACCUUUUUGCUUCAA